CCGCUCCGCUCCUAUCAGAGCGAGGAGAGAGAGAGAUAGGGAGAGGGAUUUCGAUUUUUUUUUCUCCACGGCGAAAUCCGCGAGGCGGAGGAGGAGGAGGAGGGCGAGAUGGGGGCGGCGGAAUCCGUGCCGGAGACCUCCAUACACGAAUUCACCGUCAAGGAUUGCAACGGCAAGGAGGUGAGCCUGGAGAUGUACAAGGGGAAGGUGCUAAUCGUCGUCAACGUCGCCUCCAAAUGUGGGUUCACGGAGACCAACUACACGCAGCUGACGGAGCUCUAUCAGAAACACAGGGACAAAGAUUUUGAGAUUCUAGCAUUUCCCUGCAAUCAGUUCUUGCGACAAGAGCCAGGAUCUGACCAGCAAAUAAAGGAUUUUGCUUGCACAAGAUUUAAAGCUGAAUAUCCCGUUUUUCAGAAGGUGCGUGUAAAUGGUCCUGAUGCUGCACCACUUUACAAAUUUUUGAAAGCUAGCAAGCCUGGCUUGUUUGGAUCUAGAAUCAAGUGGAACUUUACCAAAUUUCUUAUUGAUAAGAAUGGCAAAGUCAUUAACAGAUACUCGACUGCGACCAGUCCCUUGUCUUUUGAGAAAGACAUCCUGAAGGCGCUCGAGGAUUAGAUCUCGUACCCUCCCCCAUCCUUCAUUUGCAGAAGUAGGCAAAGUAUCUGGUUGUAAUAUCUAGACCUAUGGGAUGCUCAAUAGUGAAUUUUUGCAAUAUAUUCCUUCUUUUGUGUAGUGUAUUUGUUGUCUUUAUAUAUUAUUAUAUUGUAAGUAGAGGUUGGCUGGUUGGGUAGGCACUGUUUUGUCUAUACUGGUUUUAUAUGGCUUGGCUUGAAAAUUUGUUUAGAAACCUAAGACAUUAUUAUCAACGUGUAAUAUCGACAAGUUGAAAUUGUAUGUAGCGUAAGGUUUGUGUUUGCACUGAA